UUGCAGCAAAAUGUUAUAUUUAAUCUUUCAUUUCUUGCUAAUAUUAAGCGCAACUUAUGCAAUACCUCAAGGUAAUCGACAUUCAUCCGAUGAUACUCCAACAGCAAUAUCAUUGCCACAACAACAACAACAACAACAACAACAACAACAACAACAACAACAACAACAACAACAACAACAACAGCAACAACAACAACGGCAACAACAACAAUUACCAUCAAAUUUUCGACCAGCAAAACAAAUCAGUAGUGAUAAAUCAACGCAAUUAGGUCAUCAACAACACAUUCAACAACAACAACGGCAACAACAACAAUUACCAUCAAAUUUUCGACCAGCAAAACAAAUCAGUAGUGAUAAAUCAACGCAAUUAGUAAGUGAAAAAGUAUCAUCUGCAGCUCAUGCAGCAAUGAUGGCUCGUAUGGAAACAUUACGACGACUUCAACAUGAAUCAACACAAUUAAAUCAUCCUAUAACUGAUACUUCUCAAAGCAAUCCAUCUGGUAUUGGAGCAACCGGACAAUUACCGCCGGUAGAUAAAAGUGUUGAUUUGGAUGGUGAUGGUGCGUUAAGUCUUGCUGAAGUACAAUAUGCUGCAUUUGUACAUCAUGGAUUAUCCAGUAAUGUCAUUGAAAGUCUUUUCAAUGAAGUUGACAAAAACGGUGAUGGUUAUCUGACAUCAAUUGAAUUCAAUGAUAUACGACCAUUGGUACUUGCAAAAGCUGAAAGUGCUGCACAACGUUAUUUACAAACAGUUGACAAAGAUCAUAACGGUUUAUUAUCAUUGAAAGAAGCACAGGAGUAUAUUUUAAAAGAAUAUGGAAUUGGAAAUCGUGACGUGGAACGUGUAUGGCGUUUAGUAGUACCAAAUUUAAAUACUGAAAUGGAUGCUACAUUGUUUAGCAAAUUACGACGACGCAUUCGAGCAAUGUCAAUUCGGCUUGCGAGGCUAAUUAUGAAGAAUGCGGAUAAAAAUGAAGAUGGACAUAUCGAUAAGAGAGAAGCACAAAAGAUAGCAUUCGAGCAAGAAGGUAUUAGUGCAGGUGAUGUUAAUGAAAUGGUAAUGUCCGUUGAUGAUAAUAACGAUGGUGAAUUAAAUGCACCAGAAUUUGCUGAUUUUGAACGAAUCAUUCGUUCACGAGCUAUUGAAACAUCAAGAAAAGCAUUAAAGGUAGUGGAUCGUGAUGGAAGUGGUACUGUAACAAUGGAUGAAGCUAAACGUAUCGCAUUUGAUCACUAUGGUUUUGAUGAAAAGAUUCUUGGACCAUUUUUUGCUCAAGCAGAUGAAAAUGAAGAUGGCCAAUUGGAUCCAGUUGAAUUUGCUGGAUUUCGAUCAGUUAUACGUAGUAAGGCUGUAAAAAAUGCCUUAGAUAUUAUGCAGGAAAUCGAUAGUGAUGGUGAUGGUUACAUUAACAAUUCAGAGGCUGUUGCAAUGGCUCGACGACAAGAUGACAUGGAUCCUAAGGAGACAUUUAAUUUAUUUGUUAUUGCUGAUCAGGAUAAGAGUGGAAAAUUAGAUAAAGUGGAAUUAGCUGACUUUUUGCGCCUCGUACGACUAAGUGCUAUCAAAUUUGCAACUGAUCAUUUCAAAGAAUUUGAUAUGAAUAAGGAUAAAACGGUAACAAUCGAUGAAUUAGAGGAAUUAAUCGAAUUGAAAUAUAAAAUUGAUCGAGUAAUAACGCGACAAUUCUUCAAGAAAGUUGAUGUGGACAAUUCGGGUGAUUUAGCACCUGGUGAACUUGUUGAUUUCAGGCAUGAAAUUCGACGAUUUGUUACGGAGCGUAAUUCACAACGGCCAUACAAUCCAAACAAAUCCAACGACCAAGAUGGAACACAUGGUGAAAGCACUGAAGAAGUAAGAAAACAGCAAUUCAUUUCAUUACCUUCAUCAUCCAAUAAGAAUUAG